GUCUGCUUUGUUUUCUCUUUGAGUCAGAACAGCUCUUUCACCUUCUCUUUUUUAUUGUCCUUUUCGCUUGUGAUCGCUUGCUUCGGUUUUCCGCAUACGGCAACAUGAACGUCACUCAGGUGUUGGAGAGUACCCUCUCGCCAGAUGCGGCGACUCGUUCCCAUGCCGAACAGCAGUUGGCCCACGCGGCGGAGGUUGACUUCGCCCAGUACCUUGUCACACUCGGUCAGGAACUCGCAAACGAAGAUUCCGCGUCCCACAUCCGUACCGCUGCCGGUAUCGCUUUGAAGAACGCUUUCACUUACAGAGACCUCGCAAAGCUCCAGGAGGUCCAAACAAAAUGGCUACAGCAAAUUACCCCAGAAAUCAAGGCGCAGGUCAAGGAGCUUGGCCUCAAGACGCUUAACUCGAAGGACGGCCGCGCCGGCCAGUCUGCCGCCCAAUUCAUCGUCUCCAUCGCUGCUAUCGAACUUCCCCGUAACGAGUGGCCGGAGCUGAUGAACAUCCUCGUCCAGAAUGUCGCGAGUGGUUCCGAUCAACUGAAGCAGGCCUCCCUGGUCACCAUCGGCUUCAUUUGCGAGUCCCAGGAUGCUGAGCUUCGCGAGAGCUUGGCUGCCCACUCCAAUGCUAUCCUGACCGCCGUCGUUCAGGGUGCUCGGCGCGAGGAGCAGAACAUGGACAUCCGAUUCGCCGCCAUCAAGGCUCUCAGUGAUUCCGUUGACUUCGUGCGGUCGAACAUGGAGAACGAGGGUGAGCGGAACUACAUCAUGCAGGUUGUCUGCGAAGCGACACAGGCCGAUGAUCUGCGUGUGCAGGCGGGCGCAUUCGGUUGCUUGAACCGUAUCAUGGGUGCCUACUACGAUAAGAUGCGCUUCUACAUGGAGAAGGCUCUGUUUGGCCUGUCGAUCAUGGGAAUGAAGAGCGAGGAGGAGGAUGUGGCUAAGCUGGCCAUUGAAUUUUGGUGUACCGUUUGUGAGGAGGAAUACGCUAUUGAGGAUGACAACGCGGCGGCACAAGCAGAGGGUCUCCCCGAGGUCCGGCCCUUCUUUGGCUUUGCCCGCGUCGCCUGCCGGGAAGUCGUUCCCGUCCUCCUGCAGGCCAUGUGCAGACAGGAUGAGGAUGCCACGGACGAUGAGUACAACGUCUCUCGCGCUGCUUACCAGGCCCUGCAGCUCUACGCUCAAUGCGUGCAGGGUGAUGUGAUCCAGCCUGUCUUGACCUUUGUCGAGGAGAACAUCCGUAACGAAGAUUGGCGCCACAGGGAUGCUGCAGUUGCGGCAUUCGGCGCCAUCAUGGAUGGCCCCGAUCCCAAGGUCCUGGAGCCUCUCAUCAAGCAGGCUCUUCCCGUCCUCGUCGGCAUGAUGCAGGACAGCUCCAUUCAGGUCCGUGAUUCGGUCGCCUACGCUCUUGGCCGUGUCUGUGACUUCUGCUCUGAAACCCUUGACCCUGACGUGCACCUCCAACCCCUCAUCACUUGCCUGUUCAACGGCUUGGCAAGCUCUCCCAAGAUCGCCAGCUCCUGCUGCUGGGCCCUGAUGAACGUUGCCGAUCGUUUUGCCGGCGACUAUGGCGCCCAGACCAACCCUCUGUCCAAGCACUUCGAGGACAGUGUCAAGUCGCUCCUUGCUCUUACUGAGAGACAAGAUGCAGACAACCAGCUCCGUACUGCGGGAUACGAAGUCCUCAACUCCUUUGUGACCAACGCUGCCAAUGACAGCCUUCCCCUUGUGGGCAACCUCUCCGACGUCAUGCUUCAGCGCCUGGAGCACACCAUCCCCAUGCAACAACAAGUGGUUAGCGUUGAGGACCGGAUCACCUUGGAAGAGAUGCAGACUAGCAUUACUAGCGUUGUACUUGCUGUCGUUCAACGUCUCGAGACUGAGAUCAAGCCCCAAGCCGACCGCAUCAUGCAGGUCAUGCUUCAGAUCUUGGCCACUGUUCCCCCCAAGUCCAGUGUCCCUGAUGUUGUAUUCGCCACGAUCGGUGCCAUUGCGGGUGCCUUGGAGGAUGACUUCAUCAAGUACAUGGACAACUUUGCCCCCUUCCUGUACAAGGCCCUGGAGAACCAGGAAGAGCCUGGUCUUUGCUCUAUGGCCAUCGGCCUGGUCAGCGACAUCUCGCGUGCCUUGAACGAGCGGGUGCAGCCCUACUGCGACGGUUUCAUGAACGCUCUUCUCACGAUCCUGAGGUCCUCGACCAACGUGCUGAAGCCUGCAAUCCUUGAGACAUUCGGUGAUAUUGCUCAGGCCAUUGGCACCCAGUUCGACACCUACCUCAACGUCGUUGCCCAGGUUCUUCACCAGGCCUCUGUUGUGACCGCCAGCAACGACGUGACCCCUGAGAUGCAAGAGUACAUUGUCUCGCUGCGUGAGGGUAUCAUGGAUGCUUGGGGUGGUAUCCUCCUGUCCUACAAGGGCAAGCCUCAGGUCUCCCAACUGCAUCCCUUCGUGGAUCACAUCUUCCAGUUGCUCCACACCAUUUCCCAGGAUUUCAACCGCAGCGAGGGUCUGAUGAGGGCAACCAUGGGUGUUAUUGGUGAUCUGGCUGAUGCCUUCCCCAACGGCGAGUUUGCUGCCUACUUCCGUAACGACUGGGUCACCAGUCUGGUCCGUGAGACGAGGACCAACAGGGAGUUUGGAUCUCGUACCAUUGACACCGCCCGGUGGACUCGUGAGCAGGUCAAGCGUCAAAUCACGAUGUCCACUGCCGCAGCUAUGGCGUAAGCCGCUGUUAUGUGCUGCUAUCCAAACCCAGGUGCUCGCUUCCGAGACCGCACCCCUAGGAGGACGACCUCAUCCGUCGGUGCUCUCAGGGUAGCAACGACAUUGUCUCUGCUCCCCCGAGCACCCGUCCCCACACGGGAACCCAAGUCGCAUUGUGCUACUGAUUGCUCAAAUCCUAGGGUUCACUAGGCCGUGCCC